CAUAAAAAUCUUGAAACAAUAGUUGAUUUGAUUUGAGUAGCAAUCCAAGAUGCAGUCAGCAAAGCAAAAGGUGAGCGACAUGGCCAGCGCAGCUAAAGAAAAGAUCCAGAUAGCCAAAGCCAAAGUUGAAGAAGAGGCAGCGCAGGCGACAGCGAGGACAAAGGAAGAGAAACAGAUAGCAAAGGAGGUGAGGAAAGUGAAGGAAGCAGAAGCCAAGGCGGAUUUGCACGCAGACAAAGCAAGACACGCAGCUGAAAAAUUGGAAUCAAAGCAAGCAGGGCACCACUACCAUAUUCCUGGCACUGGCAUCGUUACUGGCACAGGCCAACAUGUAUCAACCACUGGCAUGGGCACGGGCACGAGUCAUCAACAUGUUCCAGGAAUGGGACAUCACCAUGUCCCGGGUGCGCCUGGAAGUACAACUACAACAAGUACGACUCGCAAUUAUGAAACAGGAUACCCACCACACUACAAUAAGCAUCUCUAAGUUUUAUGAUUGAUUAUAUAUAUUGAUAGUGACUAGCUUUAUAUAUCUGCCUUUACUUGUAUCUUGUUUAUGAAGGUCGUUUGUGAGAUUGUGGAUUUGUGAUGGACUCUUAGUGUUCAGCUUUGG